AUGGACUUCACGUUUGGUGGAAAGUAUAGAUUAGAAGAGGAGAUUGCCAACGGUGGUUGUGGCUCUGUCUUCCUCGGUGUCCACACCGUCGCUGGGAAGGAGGUCGCGAUAAAGUUGGAGCCCGCGUUGCCCCAUGCCCUCACUUCCCCUUUGAAGCAAGAAUCCAAGGUGUAUAAGUCUCUGAUGGGGGGCCCAGGUGUGCCCUGGAUUAUGUACUCUGGUAAACAAGGCGACUAUAAUGUCAUGGUCAUCGACCUCCUUGGUCCUUCCUUGGAGGACCUCUUCAAGAAAUGCAACAGGCAUUUCUCCCUCAGAACAGUCCUGUUGCUGGCAGAUCAGUUGCUCUCACGCCUUGAAUUCAUCCAUUCUCGGUCAUUCAUUCACCGGGAUGUCAAGCCCGCCAAUUUCGUCAUGGGCCUGCCGCAUACAGCCUCAUCACAUCUUGUAAACGUCAUCGACUUUGGUCUCGCUCGGCGAUAUCGUGAUCCCCUUACCGGAGAGCAUGUUCCUUGGCGACGAGAAAGGGGCGAGCAUGGCGAGCGCCGGCAUGGCGUUGGCACGUCACUCUUUGCUAGUCUGAAUGCACACAGAGGUAUUGAAUGUUCACGACGCGAUGACCUUGAAUCAUUGGCCUAUAUGCUCAUCUAUUUUUUGCGUGGUACGUUACCCUGGCGUAAAAUCCGUGCAGACACUGUUGCCGCAACUUGGGAUGCAAUCUACGAAGCAAAGAUGCACGCCAUUGGGACACUCGCUGAGUAUUCCAUUCCUCUCUCACAGCAAGCACGUACUCCCCGUAGGGGGCGGUCUUUUACCGACUUGCCGGAUUACGCUGGACUCCGUGACAUGUUCCGUACCCUUGGCGCGCGAACAGGGAUUUCUGAAGCAAUAUAUGCGUGCGAUGGGCGUGGCGAUAUGGAUUGGGAAUGCGGACGUGGUUGGACCACGCCAUCUAGGAGGAAUAGCUCUGGCCCGCGCAGUAGCAACCAGGGGAGGGGUCGCUCUUCCCGGGUAUGCGAAGCUUGUAAUGCGGCUGCGCUUGCUAGUGGAAAGCAAGAGCGAUAA